AUGGAAACACAAAUACCUGAUAACGAUGUUAAUAAGAUAAUAACUCAAAUAAAUAAUAAGAAAGAAAGAGAAGCUGAAGAUGAAUGUGAAUUUCCUUUAUACAAAAAAAUAAAAAAAAAACACUAUAAUUAUGAAAAUAACUCGAACAAUUUUAUAUUAACCAAUCCAACAUACACACAACAAUUUAGUUCGAUAUAUAACAUACGAAUAAAUAUAAUGCGAAAAUUAUUAAUGAAAACGAUAGAAAAGUUAAAUGUAGGAAUAAGUGAUGAUUCAAAGGGGAUUAUAAAGCAGGAAGUUAAAGAACCCGAAAAUGGGCAGAAAAGUAAAGGAGGUGAAAAUGAGCAAGUUAAAGUUUUACAAUAUUUGAAAGAUAUUAAGAUUAACGAAAAAUGUUAUUGUAUUGGUACCAUUUUUAAAAAAAUGGAUUUAAGGCCAUCAAUUUUAAAAGAAUAUAUUAGUGAACUUGACUAUCUUGAUACAGUAAUAAAUUAUUCACAAUAUCAAGAUAUUUUAUUUUUAGAAGAUGAAACAGCACGAUUAAAAUUAGAAGGAAAUAUAAAUAGCGAUAAUUAUGUUACAGGAUUAACUAUAAUUAUAAAGGGUGUUGGUAUGAGCAAUGGUUCGUUAUAUGUAGAAGAAUUAAUAUAUUCAUAUUUACCAAAAAUAGAAAUUCCCAAAUGCAUUAGUAAUGAUGAUAAAUAUAUAUUAUUUGUAUCAGGAUUAUAUAUAAGUGAACAAAAUACAAAUAUAAAUAAUAUAUCAUUAUUAAGAAAUUUUAUAUUAGGAUUACAUGGGGAUAAAUUUAUAUCUCAAAAUUUAAUCAGAUUAGUUAUAGUUGGUAAUUCGCUUGGAAAUAUAAAUAGUGAUGUAAAUGAUAUAAAUGUAAUUGAUACAUUUUUAUCAUCUUUAUGCUCAUCAGUAUAUGUUGAUUUAAUGCCAGGAGAAAAAGACCCAAGUGAUGCUAUUUUGCCUCAACAACCAUUUCCAAAUAUGUUUUUUAAAAAAUCCAAAAAAUAUGAUUCUUUUCAAUGUGUUACAAAUCCAUAUAUGUUUUCAAUUGAUAAUGUAAAUAUAUGUUGUAUGUCUGGUGAGCCAGUUAAUAAUAUUAUUUCUUAUUCUAAAGUUACUAAAUUAGAUGCCCUUAAAAUGAUAGCAAAAAGCAGAAUAUUAUCUCCCACUUCACCAGAUACAUUAGGAUGCUACCCAUAUAUAGAUAAUGAUCCAUUUUGUAUUAAAGAUGAUAAUAUUUAUCCACAUAUUUUUGUAAAUGGAAAUUGCUCAAAAUUAGAAAUGCAAUACUUAGAAAAUGAAAAAAAACUUCCUUUUUUGGUUUGUCUACCAGAUUUUAGUAUCACACCUAAAGCAUUAGCUAUUAAUAUCAAAAAUAUGGAAUAUAAAAUUAUAUCCUUCAAUAUUCAAGAAGGGGAAUAA